UAUGCACCCAAAAGAAAGAAAAAAAAAAAAAAAAAAGGGCCACAUAAACCAGAGACUCCAUCAGCCUCAAACCAGAAGAACUAAAUUGUGCCUGGCUACCACCAAUGAUUGUCCUGACAGGGAACACAACAGAGAAUCUCUGAUGGAGCAGGAGAAAAGUGGGAUGCAGACCUCAAAUUCUAGUAAAAAGACCAGACUUGCUGGUCUGACUGAGACUGGAGGGACCCCAGAGGUCAUGGCCUCCAGAAUCUCUGUUAGCCCAAAACUAAAACCGUUCUCAAAGCCAACUCUUCAGACAUAGACUGGAUUAUAAGACAUAAAAUAAUACUGGUGAGGAGUGUGCGUCUUAGCUCAAGUAGACACAGGAGACUGUGUGGGCAGCUCCUGUCUGGAGGCAAGAUGAUAAGGCAGAGGGAGUCAGGAGCUGGUUGAAUGGACAUGGGAAAUACAGGGUGGUGGGAAGGAGUGUGCUGUCACAUUGUAGGGAGAGCAACUAGGGUCACAUAAAAAUGUGUGUUAAGUUUUUGUAUGGGAAAAAUGACCUGAAUUGUAAGCUUUCACUUAAAGCACAAUUAAAAAAAAAAAUUCAGUUCAGUUUAGUGCUGUCGCAGGUUGGGUUUUCAGGCAAUAGGCACUAAGUGGGGUGCAAAAUGUUUAGCAUCUACCCACCCUGAGGAAGGAAGGAGGAAGAAACAGGAUUGGCCAGAUGAAGAAGUCAAUUUUAAUUCAGGUCCAACAAAGUCUCAGCAAAUCUGGAGGGGAGCUCUGUUGUGAAUAUUGCCCAUAAGAGUGUCCCAUAUUAGGUCCAAAGUGCUGGGACUUUACACCCCUACCUUGCUCAGUCACUGGGUAUGCUUUGACAAGACUGCUUUCUGCAGUUGAGGCUGACCCUGAAGGAGGUAGCAGGUGGAGUCUGUCUGCAGACCUCACUCCUCACAGCUGGAGAGCAAGUCCUUCCUAGAAGAGGGACCUAGACUGAAUCUCCAUUAUCUACCACAAGUGCUGUAUUGCUUAAUGGAAGUAGGGUAAGUUGGCCAGUUGCUCUAGUCUUUAAUUUAUGUCGUUUCUUUCCUCCCAUGAACUCAAGAUAAAGCACACAACUUUCUAAUCACAAAAUAUUUACCAGUCACUGGGACAGUAGAAUAGAGGGGGAUUAGAGUGAAAAGACUAGAAGCAGAGACCAAGAACAAACAACAGAGGGAGGCUUCUAGGAGCAAAGAACAGAAAAAUUUUAAUAAUAUACAAGAAGUAAUGGCACCAGGUCCUAAGCCUUAAAAAUGCUCCAAUUAACAUACGUUUAAAAAUGUUUUAAGAAUAACAUUGUGACAUUUUGGAUAUUUCUUGUUUUCUUGACAGGUUUAGAAAACAUGAAUAAAAGAGACCGACCAUUCAUGACAAUUCAGAGAAACGAUAGCUCAGAUAAUCUGGUAUUCUAUAUGAAAAAUGGAAUAAGAAGGACCAAGUAUAAACCAGUAGACUAUCAACAAUUACACUCAUUAACUGAAGCAAAAAAAUCAGCUUCGGCUUCUAUACAACUAAAGAUCAGAAAAACAGUACAGACUUCAAAGAAGUCUAAAGAGCAAACACUAAUAAAACAACACAAGCAAGUGUGGUGGCAAGAACACCAAAGACUAAAUGAACUCAGAUGUAAAGUCGAAUCGGAAAUAAAAUCCUUUCUCAAUGAAGAGAACCUUGGAAAUGAAUGUCUUUCCAACCUUAUGGAUUUUGAACAAGAGUUAUCAGAACGAUGGUGUGCAUAUCUUAAAAAUGUGGUAGAUCCUAUUCAGCAGUUGAGAGCAGAUCUGAAAUACAGACAGCAUCACAUUUUACAGCAUUCAGAUCCACAUACUGAGUUUAACUCAGUGAAAGUGCUAGAAGAGGUUGACUUUGUGAAGAAACAAUUAAAAGCUGUUUUUGAAAGACUUAACCUGGAGCAACAGAAAAUACAAAAUGAUCUUUCAGAUUGGAGCGUGAAAAUACUAGAUCAUUCUUUAGAAGAAAAAAGUAAACUGCUCAGUGAACUGCCCAUGGAAUUAGAAACUUUGGAAUGUCCAUACCCUGAUUUGAAAUCUUCAAUCCUUAGUGAGUUCUGUAACUUUACAGAGAAGUAUCAAAAGAAACUUCAAGAUUUUGAUCUGCAGUUAGAAGAUAUAUACAGGUGAUAAGAUUAAAACUACUUGGAUCCUGUAAAGUUUUGCCACUAUGUUUAUAGGGAUGCUGCUAUACUUGUGAGUUAUGUUUCAUGGUUACUAUGUGAUUGAAAUGCAGUCAAUCAAUAAAUAUUUAGAUUAACUACUUGUCAAAUGAAGAGAAUUUUUUUCUCAAAAUAAAGAGUCUUAAGAUUUUAUAAAGUUAAAACAUGAUGAAAAUAUCCCUCAUAUUGAGCUAUUUACCACACAGUUAAGGAAUAGCUUUCAAAUACAAUGGGAAAAGCUCCCACAGAAUUAUGUUAUUUCUAAUCCACUGUGAUUUUGUACUAUAG